UCUCGUAUGGUAAAGUAAACUCGCAUUUAGUCUGUGUACAGAGCUAGAUCAGGACUGUUUUCAAGGUAUAUUAUACUUCAAUYACAAGGUAAAGCACUGAUUGUAAUAUUGGCUGAUGGCAUAUCGUAGAAAAUUGCAAAUCUCCUUGAUUAUAAAGCUAAAGUGAACUCCAAGUCGUCGUUGGCUGGCCGGUAGUAAAAAUAGAAGAUAGUCAAGAAACAUCUUCAAGUUAAUUGCCAUGCUUCCGAUUCAAUUCUCGACCAAAUGAAUUACUUUUGACUUAUAAUUUUUCAAGCUGCCAUCUGUACCAGACGUUGUAGGAGAUCAGAGUUCUACGAAGAUGCGAUAAAUCUAGAAAUGGCUUCGGACAUUCGUCACACUUCACGGUACUCUGGCGAACACGACAAGAAAAAAGAGUCGAUACUCGUCACUUUUUAUAAGAAUGGAGACAUUUAUUUUAAAGGAUAUAGCGUGACAAUCACUCCGAGGAGGUUCCGAAGCUUUGAAGUGCUACUGUCAGAAUUGUCUCGAGUGACGAACCUACCACAAGGUGUACGAUUUCUGCUGGACCGAGAGAGUGGAAGCAAAAUCGAAGCUCUGGAACAGCUUCAAGACGGAAAAGCUUACGUUUGCGCUUCUCAUUCGAAACUUAAAAGGCUGGAAUACGGAAAGAAAGACGGGAAUUUGCCUCAAUGGAGUUCACGGAAUAAACUGGAGCUUCCUGCCUUGACAAAUCCGCCACGAGUCGSCACACAACCYGGYACACAGGCUCCUCGUGCAGUAGUGAAACCUASUCGUCGCGUAGAAACGAAAGAACGCAGACCUGACRUCCCUAAACUCGACGGUAAACUAAACUUUAAAGCUCGUAAUGUGACAAUCAUUCGUAAUGGMAACAAACCAAGGCUUUCUUGUCGUGUUUUGCUAAAUAAAAGGACGGCAAUAACGGUUAAUCAAUUCCUUGAUUCAGUCAAUGAUUCUCUUGGAGUUACUGGUAGCUCAAACGUUCGAAAAUUAUACACUUCGAAARGGAAGCAAAUUUAUGAAGUGUCUGAUUUGUUUAACGACGAAGAAGGAGUAUUUAUUGCCGUAGGGAAUGAAAGAUUUCGCGUUGAUGAUAUUGAAGCAAUUUUAAGUGCCGAGCGUGAUAAUAUGCAUAAAGCAUCGAAGAAAACUUCGAAACAUCACCACAGAGUUUAUAGCAACGAUGGUAUGGACAAACAAGAAAAGCAAGACAAUUAUCGGAAAGUCAAAGAAAACAUAAGACCUCACGCCAAUAAAGAUAAUAAUACUCUACCCAAAAUACAAGAUAYGAUCGAUAAAAAUAAUAGUGAUAGCAAUAAUUACUUGAGCAAGAACAAAGGACAGCAUAAUGCGACUAAUAAGUCCUCAAUGUCAACUCCAAGGACAAKUCGUAAGCCUGCRAGCAACAAACAAAACCAAUAUUUCGCUAAAGAAAACAAACCCGUCGAAAAAAGCCAUGAACAAAACUCAAAUAGUGUCAAGCUGCCAGCCAUUGAUGGCGGACAUAACUUGGUAUCUAAAACAAACGAAAAUCAAGAACAGCGAACAAGGAAAACAAGUAAAAAUAAGAAAGAUAGCACCGCGAAAAAURCGUCUGGAGCAGGUGAGGGAGAUGGCAAUAUUAUUGAGUCYCAUGAAGCCRCGCACGAAGAUGCUGAAGAAAAACCACACAAGCGAGUUUCGAAAGGCUCUACUCAACAAGAACAGGAAGUGGAGUAUGGAAGGGUGACAGAUAAAAAGGUUGAAGAUGUGUACAUUAUAGGAAAAAAGAUCGGAGAUGGAAACUUUGCUGUUGUUAGACAAUGUACCAGCAAAGCCACCAAAAAAGAAUUUGCUCUGAAAAUCAUCGACAAGAGAAAAAUCGCAGGCAAAGAAAAAAUGAUUGAUGACGAGAUUGCCAUCAUGAGGAAAUGCCGACAUCCGAACAUCGUCCGUCUCUUCGAAGACUACGACACUGCCACGGAAAUGUUUCUCGUUAUGGAGUUCGUCAAGGGAGGGGAUCUCUUCGAUGCUAUCUCRGCCUCCGUGAAGUUCUCGGAGAAUGUCGCAAAAGAUUAUUUUCGCGACAUGUGUAAAGCACUGCACUAUUUGCACAAGCAGAACGUCGUUCAUCGAGAUUUGAAGCCAGAAAAUCUUCUUGUAAGUAAAAGUAUAUAUCUUGAUUCAUCAUACUGGGAUAAGGUGUCAAAUGACGCCAAGGAUCUCAUUUCUAACCUCUUGGUGGUGGACCCGCACAGAAGAUUCACAGCUGAGAAAGCGUUGAAGCACAAAUGGGUGAAAUUAAAGAGYCCGACUACUGGUGACCUGAGUAAAGCUCUUCUAAGCGAGGACGAAGCUGCAAGGAAGCGCUUCAAAGCCGCAGCGCUGGCCGUKCGAGGCGCCAAGAAGUUCGAGAACCUGGCAGAUGAGUUUCGCCAACACCGUGGUGAACAGUUUAUCAGUAUCUGAGAUUUAUAUAUCUACGAAAGGUAUUUAAUUAAGAAGGAUGCUGUUGACCGGCAUAGACUAUCACAUGACAUAAUCUAGGAGAACAUAUGGACUAUAUAUUUUUUGACAUAAAGCGUUCAGARCAAUAGACGCGAAUGUGUUAGUAUAGAGGGAAAUAGAGGUCCAUUAUAAGCAGGAAUGGAUAACAACCACAACAGACAAGUCAUCUCAAACAGAAUAGAAAUCCAUUCGUAAACACCCUUCGUUGAGCACGACGAGAUUUUUUUAAAAUGUACAACAAAAAAUUAAGCAUGCAGCGUACACUUACACCUUUUUGAAAAAAAGCUGUUUAACACAUUCUCGUACCCAGAUCCUUCUACGUUUACCAACGAAAAUUCGAAGGCUCUGGUUAAAGACGAAUGAGUCUUUGAUUUGAUUGGCUCAAAAAUUUCCCWUUCGACAUCAUACUUAUACUGUGCAAAACAGAUUCUGGAUCUUCCGAUGUCGUCGCCAACCAGAGUCUUCGACUUCCCGUUGGGAAACUGAGAAGGACCUGGGUACGAGAAUGUGUAACCAUGUCGGAUGUCGACAAAAUGUUUAUAAGGAAGACAUUUAUAUGAAUGCAGAGAGUCACAUAUUUUUAUCAAAUAUAAUGUUAUAUAUAUUUGGACGAGCUYAGCCAAUCGCACGUUACGUAUUGGACAUAUCAUAUCACAUAAACGAGUGCAAAACCUAAAUGUGUACGSCAUUACAAUAUUUGCUACUAAUUAUUGCUGCAGUCAUUUGAAGAAAUUCUGGCCGCUAACUUAUAUAAAUAUAUUCAUCAGUAUAUAGGGCCGUUUAUAUUUCAAAUUCAAUUAAACCAUUAAUUUUUCACAAAUUAUUCUUAUUAAAUAAUUGAAUAAUUUGAGACCAUUUUAGCGAGAAAAGAGCGAAAACACAUGACAUUACCCAUGAUGCACCUGACAAUGAUAGGUCAGCGGUGAGAUUUUUUUGCAAAUGGCUGUAAAUAAACAAGAGAAAAAAAUAGAACUAGGUUAAUUUAGUAGUAUUAAUUAAGGCUGUGCACYUUUAUUAUUUGUACUCAAUAUUAUUCAAUACACUAACUAUAACUUAUAGAAUUGAAGGGGACAAUUUUAGAGGUUUUAAAAAAAGUUCCAAAACGACUUACAAGUGAUUAAGAAUUGAAUCAGUCAAUUUGACAUGGUAAUUGAUAAUUUUUGAUACAGAUUUUAACGAUAAGUUGUUGCGUGUUUGUUGUACGUAAUUCGUUACAUUGUUCUUCGUAUGCAACUGCACGCACGCUACCUGUGUAGCUUGAUAUGCAAUAUGUUUAUCAGACCAACUUGAUUAGCACUACAACAUAAGCARUACCAUAAGUUGAGAACAAAAGAAUAGACAAAUCCCCAUAAAAAAUCCCUAUAAAAUCUGUUGUUUCAGACAUUUUUGUGUUCUUUUGAAGGGAGGAGGGGGUGGGGAGUUGGAGUUUGUUUGUUGUUGUUGUUGUUGUUUGUUUACUUUKAGCUCAUGYUUGUGCUUAUGUCGUAGUGUGAAACUACCGUUAAAUACGACAUCUUUAUCAAUAUUAAUUAUAUAUUAUCCCAGUACCAAGUACUAAAUACAUUAUUAUUCUAACUAUUAAUUUUUUAUUCAUUCUGUCAAUGUAUAUAUUUUUGUAUAAAAUAGAUCGCAUGAU